AUGUCGACACUGGCUGAGCCAACCGUCGGUUAUAUCUGUGCCAACGUGGAAACCUUAGCCAGCUGUGCAGUAUCAUUGGAUGAGGAACUAGAUGAGAAACAAGCCUCUCUCCCGCAGACGCGAUAUGACAACAAUGUCUACAUGUUCGGCAAGAUUGGCUCACGCAGCGUCGCCGUGUGCUGUAUGUCAUUUGGAAACCAAUCCGUAUCAGGCGUAGCAGUCGACAUGAUGCGCAGCUUUCCUUCCAUCAAAUUGCUCGUGCUGGUCAACAACAAUGUUGGUGCUGCGCCGCGUGAUGCUGGCCGGGUCCACGUCGGCGACGUGGUCGUUGCACAUCAGUCCGUCGCAACGAACUAG